AUGAGAAAUAACACAACAACGCGGAUAUCUGAGUGUUUUUGUUGGAUUUCUUCAACUUUUGACUGUGACAAUAUUUGGACUAAAAUCUUAAUCGAUCUUUUCAAGGACCAUGAAGGAAGCGUUGUCUUUAGUGCAGAGGCUGAGUGCACAUCCAGACUCUCGCUGUUGGUUCGUGACAAGGCCAUCCGAAUCUGGGCUCAAGAAGGUGACACUUGGGUUUGUAAGAGUGUUCUUGAGGAUGGACACCAGCGCACUGUGAGGAAAGUUGCCUGGUCUCCUUGUGGAAAUUACUUGGCCUCUGCCAGCUUUGAUGCCACCACAACUAUUUGGAAAAAGAGGAAUGAUGGUUUUGAGAGUCUAACGGUCCUCGAAGGCCACGAGAACGAGGUGAAAUGUGUUGCCUGGGCGCCGUCUGGGAAUCUGCUCGCCACAUGCAGCAGAGACAAGAGUGUUUGGGUUUGGGAAGUUGAUGAAGAAGAUGAGUACGAGUGUGUGACCGUUAUCAACUCUCACACUCAAGAUGUCAAGCAUGUGGCGUGGCACCCGACACAGGAACUUUUGGCUUCGGCAAGCUACGACAACAAUAUUUGUAUUUAUAAAGAGGACGAUGAUGACUGGGAGUGCCGUGUUACGUUGGAAGGACAUGAAUCCACGGUCUGGAGUUUGGCCUUUGAUGUCACAGGAAAGAGACUGGCUUCUUGCAGCGAUGAUCGCACUGUGAAGAUCUGGAAAGACUGCUCACCAGAGGAUGGACAGGGAGACUUGUCAUGGAAGUGUAUCUGCACAUUGUCUGGGUAUCACGGUCGAACGGUCUAUGAUGUCUCCUGGUGUCGGCUGACUGGCGCUCUCGCGACAGCUUGUGGUGAUGACUCUGUGAGAAUAUUUAAAGAUGACGAAGCAGCAGAUCCAGAUCAGCCUGUGUUUUCACUGACCGCUCAAGUGGCCAAAGCCCAUGACCAAGAUGUGAACUGUGUCGCAUGGAACCCAAAGGAGGCAGGGCUCCUCGCCUCGUGCAGUGACAACGGAGAGAUUGCCAUCUGGAGGUUUCAAGAGAACUAA